GUCCUUCACUCCGUUAUCAGUCGGGCUGGAUUCAGCCAAUGGGCUCUAUGGAUGGGCCUCGAUCGUCUUUCGGCUGUAGUCGGUCACUCGCCUUGCUUCACACCGAUUCUGGUGAUUUCCCGAACUCAUCGGGUUCGGUAAAACGACAUCCUCGGAGCCGGGUUCGGGAAAGGAAAGGGGACUAGGCAUCCGGCUCGGAGAGUGGCCACCUUGCACGGUGCGAAAACGGGAUAUUUGCGCUGGGGAGAGGCGUGGGGCCUCGAUCGGCGGGGGCUGCACGGAGGGACAGGCGGGGACAGACGAACCGACCGAGUCGGGCUGGAUGCGCUGGACUCGGCCCGGAGCGCUGCGGUUCCAGCCAAGCACCAUACCACAGCCCAAGACAGAAAGACGAGACACGGACGUCGCUGUCUCCAUUCCGGACUAUAACACCAUUUAUUAUUUUUAUAACGGGUCUAUACUGUAGAGAACAGGUGAGCUCACUGCCCGUCUAGACUGCAGCUGUCAAGCUAUUUCAGUCCGGACCGACUGGUUUUGGGAGAACGAACGGACCGACUGCUGGACUCAGCUUGGACCGGGUCCUGGAGAGUCCAGGGCGGGUUGUGGAGCUCGGAUCGCCCGCUGACGGCCUGCCAUCAUGGGCAACGUGCCCACGGCCAAGAAGGGGAGCGAGAUGGAGAGUGUGAAGGAGUUCCUGGUUAAAGCCAAAGAGGACUUUCUCAAGAAGUGGGAGAACCCUGCACAGAACACAGCGAGUCUGGAUCAGUUUGAGCGGUUGAAAACUCUGGGUACGGGUUCGUUUGGCCGCGUCAUGCUGGUCAAGCACAAAGAGAGCGGGCAACACUUUGCCAUGAAGAUCCUCAACAAGCAGAAGGACAACACUAACCUGUACAUGGUGAUGGAGUAUGUACCGGGUGGAGAGAUGUUCUCUCAUCUACGACGAAUCGGCAGGUUCAGUGAGCCUCAUGCUCGGUUCUACGCGGCUCAGAUUGUCCUCACCUUUGAGUACCUGCACGCCCUGGACCUCAUCUACCGAGACCUGAAACCGGAGAACCUGCUCAUAGACCAGCAGGGCUACAUACAGGUGACAGAUUUUGGUUUUGCUAAGCGUGUGAAAGGUCGAACCUGGACGCUGUGUGGAACCCCAGAGUACCUGGCCCCAGAGAUCAUCCUCAGCAAGGGGUAUAACAAGGCGGUAGACUGGUGGGCGUUGGGUGUGUUGGUCUAUGAGAUGGCGGCCGGUUAUCCUCCCUUCUUCGCUGACCAGCCCAUACAAAUUUACGAAAAGAUUGUCUCUGGGAAGGUGCGUUUCCCCUCCCACUUCAGCUCUGACCUGAAGGAUCUGUUGAGGAAUCUACUACAGGUGGACCUGACCAAGCGCUAUGGCAACCUGAAGAACGGCGUCAACGACAUCAAGGGACACAAGUGGUUCGCCACCACUGAUUGGAUCGCCGUAUACCAGAGAAAGGUGGAGGCCCCGUUCGUUCCUAAGUUCAAAGGCCCAGGUGACACCAGCAACUUUGAGGAGUACGAAGAAGAGGAGAUCAGAGUCUCCAUCAGUGAACAAUGUGCCAAGGAGUUCACUGACUUCUAG